ACAGGAGGACCGUAGUUGGUAGACGAGCCAGCAAAACUCUGGCCCGUGGCACGCUGGUCAAAAGGCAAACCAGGCUCGUGAUGGUACCACGUCAGUGAACCGCCACCUGUCGAUGUUGACGCAGUGACGGACUCGUCAAAUCAGCCCCGUUAGUUUGACCAGACAGCGACGAUUUCCGUCAGGUAAGUCCGCAAGGAGGAACCUUGGCAACCAAGGCGGCAGCAGCAGCGGCGAACCAAGUCAGCCAAGUAACUGACAUGUGCUUAAUCUCCACGCAUCAAGGACCACACGAAGCUUCCCAGCCUUCGUCCCGGGGCAACACGCGCCAUGCCUUCUCGGCUUCUCCUCCCUAUAAAUGCAGAGCCACCACCAGAGCAUCACAGCAACACAAGCUGAGCCUACGCAAAGAUCGAGCGAGAAACUAAAAAAAAGCGAGGGAAAUAUGGUGCUGGGCAUGAACUGCUUCGGCGCCCCUGAAGCCGCAAGCAAGGUGUCGCCGGCGGGCAGGCGGCUCGGCGGAGAGGGAGCAGAGGCCAAGGAGCAGAAAGCGGCGGCGAAAGAGGAGGCCGCAGUGAACCGUGCCGUCGGCGAGGCGAAUGAGAUGGGAGCCGAUCAGGUGAAGGCUGCGGGGAAGGAGGUGCACAAGAAGAAGAGGAGCGGGGCUCCAAUAGUGAUGCACCACUUUCCCUUCCAUUCUCGUCCCGGGCUGCUCUGAUCUCAAACUCCUACUACUAGCAUGGCCACUGCAAUUUUGGUGAAGCUUCUGUCGGCAUUCUGCCGGAGAGUUCGCAUGUUUUGUGAGGGCUAAAUUAUUUGACGAGCAUUGUAGUAGUUCUAUCUUAGAAUUGUACUCUCUUCGUUCGGAAUCACUCGUCGAAAAAAUGAAUGUAUUUAAAUGUAUUUUAGUUAUAGAUACAUUUUUUUCGAUGA